AUGGACCCGGCAGACAUCUUCCGACAAGGCCUUGGCCAAGUCGCUCCCCGCCAGAAUCCCGUUUUCAUGGGUCACCCUCAACACCAUAUGGUCCAGUUCCAGCAGCAGCCGCCACCUCCGCCGGCCUUCAGGAAACCUGCACAGCAGACCGACGAAACUUCGGAUGGUGACGGCUCGAGUCACCGCAUUGCCCACACUCUGACUGCUUGCUGCCGUUGCCGACAGGUACCUAUCCCCUUGGUGCAACUCGAUAAUCUGAGCUACAUGCUAAUGUAUUCCUAUGUAGAGGAAAACUCGAUGCGAUCCAACUUUGCCCCGCUGUUUGCCAUGCUACAAGACAAAGUCAGGCAACUCGAGGCCGAGCUUAGCCAAUAUACCGACGACGAAAAUGAGUAUCCUACAAGUAAUGAAGACAUGGUACGGCCCGGUGGAAUGGUUCGUCUGAAUGGUGGCGAUGAGACCCCUCGAUACCUAGGACCCAGUAGCGGUAUCGCAAUGACACGUCUUCUUAUGGAGCAAGCAAAACGAUACACUGAUUCAAAGCGCAUAUCCGAUCUCAUCCCCAGUGUACGCGCCAGACAAGCUCGUAUGCAGUCCAUACAAAUGACAGGACCUUCGGCAAGGAGAAAGAGUUACCCCAUGAUUAGCCAGCAUCCAGCCGAGAGUCUGCCCACAAGAGCCGUUGCCGAUAAGUUACUGGAGAUCUUUAACCAGAAAGCUCAACUCUUCUGGCCUGUUCUUCACGAAAAGGAUCUUCUACAGGAUCUGGAUGCGGUCUACAAUGGCGACACUGAUCCUUAUCGGCUUUUUAUUGUCAGAAUGCUUGUAGCCAUCAGCUUACAAAAGCUUGACACACAAUAUGCUGGCUUGGCAGACAGCUACUACUUGGCAGCAAUGCAACUGUUCGAAGACGUCGUCCGCCCCAAGGAUCUCAAGACAUUGCAAUGUCUCGUGCUUCUCGGACAAUAUUCGCUUCUUACCCCUACAAGGACGCCCAUCUACUAUGUGAUCGGCCUGGCAGCUAGAAUAUGCCAACAGGAAGGACUAGCCAGCGAGAAGACUAUUUCUACAGGGUACAACUUGGAUGCCAAAACAAUUGAUAUGAGGAGGCGGAUCAUCUGGACUGUCGCCGCGAUGGAAUAUGGCUUGGCGCACAGCAUGGGUAGGCCCAACAGUUUUGCGACAGGCGACGACCGACUAGACGUCGAAUUCUUCGCAGCAGUCGACGACGACAACAUCACCGACCAGGGCAUCCAGCCAGGCCCUCCCAGUGAGCGCAAACUUGUUGCCAUUCAUUUCUACAGAAUGAGAAUGUGCCAGGCCGAGAUCCGAAGGGCUUUGUAUGAGAAGAAGAAGGAAGAACCGAAGCACGACUCGCACCCUUGGUUUGCAAGGAUUGAGAAAAUGAACAAAGAAUGGCUAGAUGCAUCACCCACGAGCCCCGAUUGGUGCAAGCCUUGGUUCACCGGCAGGUAUCAUCAGAUGAGGAUAUUCAUGUAUAGACCCUCUCCGCAGAUCCCAAAGCCAUCACCUCGCGCCGCGGCGAUUUGUUACGAGAGCGCAGCGUACAUCAUACAGCUCAAUGCUAAGCAGAUGGGAAGUGGCGCGGAUCUCACAUGGGUUUUCCUUCUGACCGUGAACAUGUCCCUCAACACACUCUUGUGGACUGUUUCGUAUCCAGAAGUGCGCCGAGCGCACCCCCGUCAUGAGGUUGAAACUCUCGUUCAGACUUCUAUGGAGGUUUUGGAUCGCUGUACAGAAAGAUGGCCCGGGACUGCGUCCGCCUCACAACUUUACUCCAUCUUCUCGAAAGCUUGUUUGCAAGGCUACGAUGAGCGCCCAAUGACGGGACAGACAGCCGGCUUCUUCACCACGCCCCCUUCCUUCGCAGACCCUAACUCGCCCGAAGCCUUCCAGAACCUUCAACAAGUCCAGGCCCCUUAUCAGAACCCACCUCAGUUCAAUCAUGUAUUCAACUCACCGCCAGAGGCCAUGACCGCUUACGCCUUCGAUCCCAACUUCCCUCCACCUCAACCGAGCUUCAGGUCUAACUCCAUCUUCUUCAACCCUGCGAGCAAUGAACCUACUACGGGACGAAGAUUCUCAUACUUCCCACCCGACUUCAUGCAGCCCGGCGAGACCAUGAUGGAUGACCCAACACCGCCAGCCACCACGACCCCUGAGCAACAUAUGACAUCGCCUCCAGAUCACAUGUCAGAGCAAUUGCCAACUCCUCCUGACAGCAUUCCGACCGGCAAUAUGACAACACCAACCCCUAGCAACACUUUAUCGCCCGCGAACACCCUGACGGCCCAUCCUACCCCCAUUAUGCAGCAUGCCUCGCCGGCUGGAGUUUCUCUGGUGCCCGUGCAGACGAACAUGUCCCCUCCUAUCAAGAUUGAACAAUCCCAACGUGGGCCCACGUUUGUUGUACCUCAAAACCCACAGGCUGCACCUACUCAAAGACCUCUACCAACCCCAAACGGUAUUGGGGAUUGGUUCUCGCCUCCUGCGCCAUUUAUUUCCCCGUACGCUUUUAACAACAUGAGCAACAGUUUCUUCAACGAUUCCAUGGCGAAUCCUGGGAACUAUGGAGAUAUGUCAGGCUCUGGUCUUGGGUUACAGAAUAUUCAAGGUGGGAAUGCUCCUCCUCAGUUUGACUAUGGUUUUGCCAGGCAGGGUAGCCUUACACAGUCUCAGCAGCUUGAGUUGAUGAAUGUGCUUGAGACGGAGGGUAUGGGGGACAUUGAUGCGUUCCUCAACGGGGGGAACAUAUCUAACAGGUGGUAUUAA